CCCGGGUGCCGCCGCGCGCAGCCUCCGCCGACCCGCCGCCGCUCACGUUCGGAGCAUGCCCGCGCGCCCGCCGCCUUCACCGCUCCGAGGGAAAUAAAGGGACGACGCGCCGCUUGCGCGCAGCCGCGACGCGUUUGGGCUCCGUCUCCGCAAGUCAGCAGCGCUCCCCACAGCGACCGACGCGCCGGCGCCAAAUGGAUUGCUCCGUUUGAGUCCCCUGAUUUGGUGAGAUGCCGUGCGGGGGGUUGACGCGCUACCCUCUCCGUCAGAUCACCCCACGCGCUCUCGCCGCACUCCGCACGUAACGGCGGCUCGUCGGGACAGACGGGACACGCGAAAGUAUGCGAUAAACAAGCGCGAAGUAGCUCCGCGCUGUUCGACUGGAGACGAGGAAAAGUUCAAGUUGGAGACGGCGGAUUUUACAGAGAGUGGCCGCGCGUAGCUGGAAACAGGUGACUGAAGUGGAGAUUGACAUUACAGUGGCCCGCUAGGAGGCCUCUCCAUCUCUGCACACCCCACCACCGCCUCCUCCACUUCCCACUUUUCGCAAUCCUUCCCCUCCCCGCCGGCAUGGAUCUGAAGGAUCGUAGGCACCGCUCCCUGACCAGGAGUCGCUGCUCCAAAGACUCCCAGUUCAACACGUCCUCCCUGGAUGCAAACGAGUGCCGCGUGCCCACCCAGAAGUCCUACAGCUCCAGCGAGACGCUCAAGGCCUUCGAUCACGAGAAGAGGCUGCAUUAUGGCGGUUGUGUCACUGAUCUGGUCCACCACGAGGCAGAUGAGUACCCCAGGCAAGGGGCCAACUUCACGCUGGCCGAGCUGGGCGUGUGUGAGCCGGCCACCCCCCCGCACCCCGCCGCCGUCCCCUACUGCCCGGACCUGGGCCUCCUCCAGCGGGGCUACUCCCUCGGCGCCGGCUCGGACGCCGACUCGGACCCGGAGGGGCCGCUGUCGCCGGAGCGGGCCAUCCAGCUGUGGGCCGGAGGACGGGGGGGCGUCAAGUCCCGGCGCAGCUCGGGGGUGUCCAGCCGCGAGAACUCGGCCCUCACCCUCACCGAUUCGGACAACGACAAGUCUGACGACGAGUCAGCUUACCUAGAUGAUGAGGAGGAUGAGGAUCCAUUUGGGGACUAUGUCAUCAGUCGUCCGCUCCCUCCAACCUCCUCCUCUUCACUGCUCCCCCCAUCCCUCCCCUCCUCCUCGUCCGCCCCACACCACCCAUCCCCUGGCCCGUCUCCACCCAUCAGGGAGUGCCAGAUGCCCCUGCUGGAGAAAAACUCCACUCACUCUCACCUGGAGGCGCACCCGGAUGAUUCAUACUUGCUUCGGGCCCAGACCUCCUCCACUGGGCCAGCCAACCACCACAGCCAGUCCACGCUACGGCCCCCGCUGCCCCCGCCCCACAACCACCACACUGUAUCCCACCAGUCUGCCAACAGCCUGAACAGGAACACCCUGAGGGGCGGCCGCAACCCCAUCCACGCGCCCGCCCCGGGCACGGGCGACGGCCCGACCACCCCCGAGUCGGUGCAGCUGCAGGACAGCUGGGUCCUCAACAGCAACGUCCCCUUGGAAACCAGGCACUUCUUGUUCAAGACGUCAUCGGGAACCACCCCGCUCUUCAGCAGCUCCUCCCCCGGGUACCCCCUGACCUCAGGCACGGUGUACUCCCCGCCCCCCCGCCUGCUCCCCCGCAACACCUUCUCCCGCUCCGCCUUCAAACUAAAGAAGCCGUCCAAGUACUGCAGCUGGAAGUGCGCGGCGGUGACGGCCAUCGCCGCCGCCGCCCUGCUGGCCGUGCUGCUGUCCUACUUCAUCGCCAUCAACCUGCUGGGCCUGACGUGGCAGCUGAAGCCGUCCGACGGCCCCGUGCUCAACAACGGCCUGGGCGCCGGCCUGCCUGUCAACACCGACGUGGCCACGCUGCCCUCUGGAGGCAGAGUUUCUUUUCCCCUGGCUCCAGGUCCAUGGGCGGGACGGAACAGCAGCAUCGACACGGGCAGCAUCGAGGUCGGGAGGCGGGCGACCCAAGAAGUCCCCCCGGGGGUGUUCUGGAGGUCCCUGCUCCACCUCGGCCAACCCCAAUUCCUCAAGUUCAACAUCUCCCUGGGCAAGGACGCCCUGUUCGGAGUCUACAUCCGCAAGGGCCUGCCCCCCUCGCACGCCCAGUAUGACUACAUGGAGCGUCUGGACGGGAAGGAGAAGUGGAGCGUGGUGGAGUCUCCGCGGGAGAGGAGGAGCAUCCAAACUGUGGUCCUCAAUGAGGCGGUCUUUGUCCAGUACCUGGACGCCGGUGCCUGGCACCUGGCCUUCUACAACGACGGGCGAGAGAGGGAGACGGUGUCCUUCAGCACAAACGUCAUGGAUUCAGUGCAAGAGUGCCCGCGCAAUUGCCAUGGCAACGGCGAGUGUAAUUCCGGCGUGUGCCACUGCUUCCCAGGAUUCCACGGCAUGGACUGCUCCAAAGCCGCGUGCCCGGUGCUGUGCAGCGGCAACGGCCAGUACGACAAGGGCUCGUGCGUGUGCUACAGCGGCUGGAAGGGGCCCGAGUGCGACGUCCCCGUCACGCAGUGCUUCGACCCGCUGUGCAACGGCCACGGCACCUGCACCGACGGCAACUGCGUGUGCUCCGUGGGCUACAAGGGGCCGAACUGCGCCGAGGUGGAUUGCCUGGACCCGACGUGUUCCAACAAUGGCAUCUGCGUGAAUGGGGAGUGCCACUGUAAGCCAGGCUGGGGAGGCCUCCACUGUGAGCUGCCCAGGGCCCAGUGCCCGGACCAGUGCCACGGCCACGGGGCCUUCAUACCAGAAACCGGGCUGUGCAGCUGCGACCCCAACUGGAUGGGACCCGACUGCUCCAUGGAGGUGUGCUCCGUGGACUGCGGGACCCACGGCGUGUGCAUGGGCGGCGCGUGCCGCUGCGAGGAGGGCUGGACCGGCGCCGGCUGCGACCAGCGCGUGUGCAACCCGCUGUGCAUCAAACACGGGACCUGCAAGGACGGGAAGUGCCAGUGUCACCAGGGCUGGAACGGAGAGCACUGCACCAUUGACCAUGGGAGCAUGGUUGACAAAGCAGACGGCUGUCCCAACUUGUGUAACGGGAACGGCCAGUGCACCAUGGGGCAGCAGAGUUGGCACUGCGAAUGCCAGACGGGCUGGAGGGGCCCCGGCUGCAGCGUUGCCAUGGAGACUUCCUGCGCCGACAACAAGGACAACGAAGGAGAUGGCCUCACGGACUGCAUGGAUCCGGACUGCUGCAUCCAGAGUCCCUGUCAGAACAGCCCCCUGUGCCGCGGCUCCCAGGACCCCCUGCAGGUCAUCCAGCAGAGCCCCGUGUCCCAGGGCCGCGUGCGCUCCUUCUACGACCGCGUCAAGAUGCUGGUGGGACGCGACAGCACCCACGUCAUCCCGGGGGAAAACCCCUUCAACUCCAGCUUGGCAUCUCUAAUCCGGGGUCAGGUGUUGACUACUGAUGGGACCCCUCUGGUGGGGGUGAACGUGUCUUUUGUCAACUACCCCCACUAUGGAUACACGCUGACACGGCAGGAUGGCAUGUUUGACCUGAUAGCUAACGGUGGCGCAUCGCUGACGCUGCGGUUCGAGCGCGCCCCCUUCCUGAGCCAGGAGCGCACCCUGUGGUUGCCCUGGAGCCAGUUUUAUGCUAUGGACACAGUGGUGCUUAAGACAGAAGAGAACACGAUCCCAGGAUGUGACCUGAGCGGCUUCGUCAGGCCUGACCCUGUUGUGAUUGCAUCCCCUCUCUCCUCCUUCUUCAGCUCCAAGCCAGGGGAGAAACCCAUCAUACCGGAGACACAGGUGCUGCAUGAGCAGAUCGAGGUGCCCGGCUCCAGUCUGAAGCUGUGCUACCUAAGCUCACGGACGCAGGGCUACCGCUCUCUGCUCAAGGUGACCAUGACCCCGGCCGUGGUGUCCAUGGGCCUGCUGAAGGUCCACCUGAUGGUGGCGGUGGAGGGCCACCUCUUCCAGAAGUGGUUCCACGCGUCGCCCAACCUGGCCUACACCUAUGUCUGGGAUAAGACGGACGCCUACGGCCAGAGAGUCUACGGGCUUUCUGAGGCUGUGGUGUCGGUGGGCUACGAGUAUGAGUCGUGCGCGAGCCUCAUCCUGUGGGAGAAGCGGACGGCCAUCCUGCAGGGCUACGAGCUGGAUCCCACCAGUCUGGGCGGCUGGUCACUCGACAAGCACCACAUCCUCAACACACGCAGCGGAAUCCUUCACAAGGGAAGCGGUGAGAACAUCUUUGUGACGGAGCAGCCGCCGGUCAUCACCAGCGUCAUGGGCAACGGCCGGCGCCGCAGCAUCUCCUGCCCCAGCUGCAACGGCCUGGCGGACGGCAACAAGCUGCUGGCGCCAGUCGCCUUGGCGAUGGGCAUCGACGGCAGCCUCUACGUCGGAGACCUCAACUUCGUGCGGAGGGUGUACCCGUCCAUGAACACGACCGGCAUCCUGGAGCUCAGAAACAAAGAUUUCAGACACAGCAAUAACCCAACACACAAGUACUUCAUGGCAGUGGAUCCCGUAUCUGGGGCGCUGUUUAUCUCAGACACCAACUCCAGACGCAUUUACCGGGUCCGCUCGUUAACGGGAGGCCGCCUGGUGUCAGACAACGCCGAGGUGGUGGCUGGGACGGGGGAGCAGUGUCUGCCCUUCGACGAGCGCUGCGGUGACGGUGGAAAAGCCACUGAAGCGACGCUGAUGAGCCCUAAAGGUAUCGCCGUGGAUAAAAAUGGCCUGAUGUACUUCGUGGACGCCACCAUGAUCCGGAAGGUGGACCAAAACGGCAUAAUCUCCACUCUGCUGGGGGCCAACGACCUGACCGCCGUGCGGCCGCUGAGCUGCGACGCCAGCAUGGACGUCAGCCAGGUGCGCCUCGAGUGGCCCACAGACUUAGCGGUGAACCCAAUGGACAACUCCCUCUAUGUCCUGGAAAACAAUGUCAUUCUACGCAUCACUGAGAACCACCAGGUGAGCAUCAUCGCAGGCCGGCCCAUGCACUGUCAAGUGCCGGGCAUCGACUACAGCCUCAGCAAGCUGGCCAUCCACGCGGCGCUGGAGAGCGCCACCGCCAUCGCCCUGUCCCACACCGGAGUCCUCUACAUCGCCGAGACGGACGAGAAGAAGAUCAACCGCGUCAGACAGGUGAGCACCAAUGGAGAGAUCUCCCUGCUGGCGGGCGUCGCCUCCGACUGCGACUGCAAGAACGACGUCAACUGCAACUGCUUCUACGGCGACGACGGCUACGCGCCCGACGCCGGCCUGAACUCCCCCACCUCCCUCGCCGUGUCCCCCGACGGGACGCUCUUCAUCGCGGACCUCAACAACAUCCGCAUCAGGGCCGUGCGCGCCAACCGGCCGGGCCCGGCCGUCUCCAGCGUGGGCUACGGAGGCUCCGCGCAGUACGAGGUGGCGUCGCCGCGGGAACAGGAGCUGUACGUCUUCAACGGGGAGGGCCUCCACAUCCAGACAGUCAGCCUGGUGACUGGGGAGCCACUGUACAAUUUCACCUACGGCCCCGACGGGGAGCUGGCCAUGCUGGUGGACAACUGCAACAACACGGUUAAAGUGAGGAGGGACGGCCUGGGUCCGGGAGGAGGAGCCGGGCUGAUGAGGCUGGUGCUGCUGCCCGAGAACCAAGUGGUGACGCUGGGACUGGACCCCAGUGGGGGGCUGCGUAGCGUGUCAGCCAUGGGCCAAGAAGUGGCGCUGAUGGGCUACAGUGGCAACACAGGCCUGCUGGCCACCAAAGCUGAUGAGACUGGCUGGACCACGUUUUACCGAUACGACAGCGAGGGUCGCCUGACGAACGUCACGUACCCCACCGGCAUGGUGACCAGCCUCCACCGCGAGAUCGAGCGCUCCAUCAACAUCGACAUUGAGAGCUCCAGCCGCGAUGACGACGUCACGGUCAUCACCAACCUGUCGUCUGUGGAGGCCUCCUACACCGUGGUGCAAGACCAGGUGAGGAACAGUUAUCAGCUGUGCAACAACGGCACCCUGAGGGUGAUGUACGCCAACGGGAUGGGCAUCAGCUUCCACACGGAGCCCCACAUCCUGGCGGGCUCCGUCAGCCCCACCAUCGGCCGCAGGAACAUCACCCUGCCCACGGACAACGGCCUCAACUCCAUCGAGUGGCGCCUGCGCAAGGAGCAGAGCAAGGGAAAGGUCACCGUGUUCGGCAGGAAGCUGAGGGCUCACGGGCGCAACCUCCUCUCCAUCGACUUCGACCGCAACACGCGCACGGAGAAGAUCUACGACGACCACCGCAAGUUCACGCUGCGCAUCAUGUACGACGCGCAGGGCCGGCCCGCCAUGUGGCUGCCCAGCAGCAGCCUGGCGGUGGUCAACGUGUCGUACUCGGCCACCGGGCAGCUGGUGGGGCUGCAGCGGGGCAGCAUGAGCGAGAGGACCGAGUUCGACCCGCAGGGGCGCAUCCUGUCGCGCUCGUUCGUCGACGGGAAGGUGUGGAGCUACAGCUACCUGGACAAAUCCAUGGUGCUGCUCCUGCAGAGCCAGAGACAGUACGUCUUCGAGUUUGACGCCUCCAGUCGAGUCACAGCCGUCACCAUGCCCAGCGUGGCCCGCCACACCAUGUUCACACACGUCUCGGUCGGCUACAUCCGCAACACCUACAACCCCCCGGAGAGCAACGCCUCCGUCAUCCACGACUUCAGCGAGGACGGCAGGCCCCAGGCCGUGCACUACCUGGGCACCGGCCGCCGCGUGCUCUACAAGUACGGCAAGCUGGCGAAGCUGGCGGAGAUCGUGUACGACAGCACGGCCGUCACCUUCGGAUAUGACGAGACGGCCGGCGUGCUGAAGAUGGUCAACCUGCAGAGCGGGGGCUUCUCCUGCACCAUCCGCUACCGCAAGAUGGGCCCUCUCAUCGACAAGCAGAUCUACCGCUACAGCGAGGAGGGCAUGGUCAACGCGCGCUUCGACUACACCUACCACGACAACAGCUUCCGCAUCGCCAGCAUGAAGCCGGUGAUCAGCGAGACGCCACUUCCUGUUGACCUCUACAGAUACGAUGAAAUCUCCGGAAAGGUGGAGCACUUUGGAAAGUUUGGGGUCAUUUACUAUGACAUCAAUCAGAUCAUCACCACAGCUGUUAUGACGCUGAGUAAGCAUUUUGACACCCACGGUCGCAUCAAGGAGGUCCAGUACGAGAUCUUCCGCUCCCUCAUGUACUGGAUGACAGUUCAGUAUGACAGCAUGGGACGAGUGGUGAAGAGGGAGCUCAAAAUCGGGCCGUACGCCAACACCACUCAGUACCGCUACGAUUACGACGGAGACGGACAGCUCAGCGGCGUCAAGGUUAAUGACUGGUCCACCUGGCGCUACAGCUACGACCUGAACGGUAACCUCCACCUGCUGAACCCAGGAAACAGCGCCAGGAUCCUGCCCCUGCGCUACGACCUCAGAGACCGCAUCACGCGCUUAGGAGAUGUCCAGUACCGCCUGGAUGAAGACGGCUUCCUCAGCCAGCGGGGCUCAGACGUCUUUGACUAUAACUCCAAGGGUCAGCUGCUCAGGGCCUACAGCCGAGGCCCCGGGGGCUGGAGCGUCGUUUACCACUACGACGGGCUUGGCCGCAGGGUGUCCACGAGGAACAGCAUGGGACAGCACCUGCAGUUCUUCUACGCCGACCUCAACCACCCAACCAGGGUCACGCACAUCUUCAACCACUCCAGCUCCGAUAUCUCGUCCCUCUACUAUGACUUGCAGGGGCAUUUGUUCGCUAUGGAGGUGAGCAGCGGAGAAGAAUACUACAUAGCUUCUGACAACACCGGCACGCCGCUCGCUGUCUUCAGCAGCAAUGGACAGAUGAUCAAACAGGUGCAGUAUACGGCCUACGGGGAGGUGUACCUAGAUUCCAAUCCAGAAUUCCAGCUGGUGGUGGGUUUCCACGGCGGCCUCUACGACCCUUUGACUAAGCUGGUCCACUUCACCCAGCGGGACUACGACGUCUUGGCUGGACGGUGGACCUCACCCGACUACAGCAUCUGGCCCAAGAUAGGGAAGGACCCAUCUCCAUUCAAUUUGUACAUGUUCAAGAACAACAACCCCCUCAGCGACAUGUUGGAUGUCAAGAACUAUGUCACAGAUGUGAAGAGCUGGCUGGUGAUGUUUGGCUUCCAGCUCAGUAACAUAAUCCCAGGGUUCCCUCGACACUCGCUCUACUUUGUGGAGCCACCGUACGAGCUGUAUGCCACCCAGCACUGCGAGAACGGACAGCUAAUCACUGGUGUGCAACAGGCGGCGGAGCGGCACAACCAGGCUUUCAUGGCCCUCGAGGGUCGCCUUCUCAACAAGGAGCGUCGCAGGCGGAAGGACAAGCCGGGUCACUGGUUUGGCACCAGCACCCCGAUAAUAGGCCGAGGGGUGAUGCUGGCACUGAAGGAAGGCAGAGUGGUGGCUGGGGUGUCAUCUUUGGCCAGCGACGACAGCCGCAAAGUGGCUCUGGUGCUCAACGGCGCCCAGUACCUUGAAGGGACCCAUUACACCCAGGACGGCAAAGACUGCCACUACUUCGUGAAAGUAGGCUCCCCUGACAGCGACCUGCUGGCCCUGGGGCUCACCAACGGACGCAAGUCACUGGAGAGCGGCGUCAACGUGACAGUUAGUGGGCGCUCGCGCAGAGGAGUGACUGUGGAGUUCGCCGUCCCCUCGCUAGUGCUGGGCGUUCGGUACGGCCUGGCUGCAGACGUGGUGGAUGAGGAGAAGGUAAGACUGCUGGAGCUGGCCAGGCAGAGGGCGCUGGCCGGGGCUUGGGCCAAAGAGCAGCAGCGGGCCAGAGACGGGAAGGGGGGCAGUCGCCUCUGGACGGAGGGGGAGCGGCAGCAGCUGCUAGCGACGGGCAGGGUACAAGGCUACGACGGCUACUACGUGCUGCCGGUGGAGCAGUAUCCAGAGCUGGCCGACAGCAGCAACAACAUCCAGUUCCUCAGACAGAACGAGAUGGGCCGGAGGUAACAGCCCACCGGAACUCAAUGAAGGGCGGACUCAUCCCUCUCUCCCAGUUUCACGUCUCUGAAUUCUGCUCCUCUCCCCAGCCUCCCGAACCCUGCUCCUCUGAAAACCCAUGGAGAAUGAACCAACAAAUAGGGUUUCCCACGGAACGCUGCAGGGACUUUUGAAAGAAUGACUUAAGCAGAAAACACCUUAUUGUUCAUUUUACUGCCACAGGCAAAAAAUUUAAAGUUUAGUCAACAGUUCUUUUUUCUUUUUUUUUUUUUUUGGAAAAACUUUGAACAACUGAAAAAGCACUGAAGAACUUUUAGAACUGUUGCUUGAUGAAUGAGAAGAUUCCCCUUUUUAAAAAAGAUGAUGAUAUUUUCGCCCAUAUUUUCUGGGUCACACCGAGAGUCGGGCCGCGCUCGCUCGCACCCGCAGCGGCGGCUCGUCUGCCUCUAAUAGACGCUGAGGGCAAACGGGACCAAGGCGGAGACGAAGCCGCUCCGCAGAGCGGCCGCCGCAGCUCCACACCUGCAUCGUGAAAAGCAGCCGCGCGCGAGGUCAAAGGUCGCGCCCGUGGCUACGAGUCGUCUCCCUGUCUCAGGCCUCCCAUCAUCCACCGUGGACCCGUCCUGCGCUGCCAAGGCGGCGCACAUCCAACCAAGCAAUCCACAAGCUAAUGGCAUCCUUGAACAAAUCCAAGCUGUUAAUGGACAAGAAAAUAAACUUUUUAAAAAAAAACAAAGUAAAAAAAGUGAUGGCUAUAUUUGUGGACAGUGAUAUCACACAGCAUAGUUUAUUUUGAAAUGGGGAGAAGAAUCAUAUUACUACAUAUGUGUCCGCCUACACUAAAUUUCAGGAUGUUGCGUAUACUGUAGAUGCCGUAGUUUUGUACGUUUCAGUCGCGGUAGAAUUGUGAGACUUUCACCAAGGCACUUCUGUACAGAGCGAUCAAACACACCACUCACCGAGUCUGGAAAACAUGUUAAGUUAGUAUUUAUUUGAUUUAAUUUCUUUUUUAAUUUAUUUAUUGUUAGUACUAUAUGACAAUCAUGAAUGAGUCACCAGUUCUGUUCUUAAUGAACACUAGAGGACAAGUUUAUUUUCUUUUGUAAAAAUAUGUAAGAAUGUUCAUUUUGUUUUUGUAAUAAUUUUGGUUUGCUGCCAGGCAAAUAAUAGUCACUCUCAAAAAGAAUAAUUUAUGUAAUAAAGUGUUUUAAAAAAAAAAGCGGUUUAUACUUUAAAUAAAGUCUUUAAAACUGUGAAAUCUGUUUUUUCGAAAUAUAUUUCGAUGUACAGUGUAUAGACCUACCUUUAUGCAGCACAGUAGAAUAUUGUUCAGAAUAUCAAGUUUUAUAUUUCUAAGAGGAAGUGGCUUGUAAUGUGCAAAAUCUUUAGCUGGUCUUACUACUCUAGAGUUUUGUGGCACUCUAAUAUUCCAUAUCUACAAUAUCAGUCCCCCCCAUUUGUUGUUUUUGACUGUUUUUGUUUGGAAGCAGAUCUUUCUGUCCUAGAUCCCAACAGCAGUAGCAGUAAUGGAUCCCUCUCACUGUGAAGAGACUCGUGCUGGAUGUCAUAAUGUACCAAAUCAGUAUUAUCAAAGGAUGACUCUUAUACAUUCACUGAAACGAGACUCUUCUGAGAACCUUAUCAAUAAAACAUAAUUGUUUACUUCAA